AUGCUAAUGGAAGAAGAAAUCCCUUUAGAACUCAUCGAUGAACAGAUCAGCAUAGCACCUUCCCUCUAUUCUCAUAGUUCUAUCAUAGCUAACUUUCAAAAUCAAAUGAUUAAAUCUAGCUGUAAAAUUUAGAACGAUCCAGUCAUAUUGAAAACAUCCCUAACCAAUGACAUUUUCAAGGAAGACAACCUAGACAUCUCUUAAUUCGAUCCCAAUAAUCCUAAAUACAAAAGCAAACCCCACGAAGUCCAUUUCUAAGUUAUUUCAUUUAUAAAAUACACUUUGUUUGGCUUGAUGAUUUAAAUCCUCGGGCCCCUUAAUAUCUUAUUAUUUGGGUGGAAUCACAAACAAAUACUCUAUAAUUGGUAAUUAUUAGGGUGUACCUGGAAGGUGUUCUUCAGUUAUCUAAGAUACUGUGUCGACCUACUCUUGACCCUUGGUUUUAUACUCGAACCAAUGGACACUUUGACAUUCUAAUUAUUAUUAUACUUCAUCAUCCAAGAGAUAUCUGAGAUUAUUUUGUAAAAUCUUAUUUUGGCUUUCUACCACCCUUAAAAACUGGAACUGUUAGAGAAAUUUCCACUUUCUGAAAUCUUAAAUAAAUUUGAAGCUCAAAUCAACCCAAUUCUAUGGGCCAAGUAGACUCCAGAGCUAAUAAAGUUUGAAUUGGAACAGUCUAUUAAGAGAAUGCAUAUUGAACCUGGAUUGUUUGUUUUCUAUUUUAUAGUUCAGCCAAAUGAGAAGAGAAAGGAUAAAAUAUAACAUAAAUUUGAAGGCUUGAAGAAUGAGUGCAAAUAUGCUGGAGACGGGUUGAAAAUGGCUAUCGAAAUUAUAGAUUAUUAUAACAAUCAAUCUCCAUUGUAUUUGUACAUUUUGAUAGCAGUUGUUGCUAGCUGCUUCAGGAUUCUAUUGACUAUCUUCUACUCGUAAUUCUGGAAUGGGUCUUAGUGUCAAAUUUUGAUGUUCAUUACCAUCACAACAUUGAACACUUUAGGAUACUUUUUUGUAGUCUUCAUAAUGUUGAUAACUUUUAGAGAUUUGCAGAGGAAAGUGUUUUGUCUGAAUUAACUGUCUCAUUUAAUUUCAGCUUAACAAGUAGAGGAAUUUGAUGAAACCAAGAUAUUCCCAACCUUAAACUUCCUAUGUGCCCAAUCUCUAUUUUCUUGGUAAAAUUUAAGGAAAAUCUUGGUCGAUUAUGGUUUGCAAUAUUAUCAAAGAGAAAAUGCAAUCAUAUCAUUUUGUCUAGAAAUUAUUCUAGUUUUGAUCAUAUUUGCGAUUCUUAAUAUUUUUGAUGUGGUAAGUUGUUUCAAUUUGGAUGAUUCAAGUAAGAUCUCACUAUUUACUUAAAUUGGAUAUGAUGUUUUGACCAUAAUGUUCUUAACCAUUUUGAUUGUGUUUUAGGGUGCUCGUAUCAACAAACAUUCUGAGGUACAUCAAACGAUGUUGAAGAGAAACAUGUUUACAUAUCAACAAUUAUCAACCUAAUCAUUCAUUAAGAAAGAAUACCAUGUGGAACCUCAAGAUUUCAUGUUUAGAACACUCAAACUUACAAUCGAUAGAAUUGAAUAGUAGAAUGGAAGCAAAAACUGGUUCUUUUUAUACUCUCAAUAUGUUCUAAAUGCUAUUGAGUAGGCCUAUCAAGAUUUGUGCUAUGAUGAAGAGAAUAAGCCAUUUACAGUGCUUGGAAUUGCAAUGACCCAAAGCUUAGCCAUAUAAUUGAUAGCAAGUUUUGUCGGUAUUUUUGGUACGAUAAUAACAAGCAUCUACUUUGAUAACAAUGUUUGA